AUGGAUUCCAGUCGCAGGAGCUUCCACAGAAGCCUGAGCUCCUCCUCAAAGGGCCCUGCACUCAUCAUGAGCAGCUCCAUAUACAGGAAGGGGGGCCUGCAGCCCCUUGGGGCUGCACCCAGCGUUUAUGGGGGGGCUGGAGGCCACGGCACCCGGAUCUCAACCUCCAGACAGUCGGCAAGCUAUGGGAAUGAUCUCAGUGGUGGCAGGGAUCUGUUUGCUGGCAAUGAGAAAAUGACCAUGCAGAACCUAAAUGACCGUCUAGCCAGCUACCUGGACAAAGUACGGUCCCUGGAGCAGUCCAACUCCAAACUCGAGGCACUGAUCAAGCAGUGGUACGAAGCCAAUGCACCCAGCGGCAGUCGUGACUUCAGUGCAUACUACAAGCAAAUGGAAGAGCUGCAGAACCAGAUUAAGGAUGCUCAGUCGCAAAAUUCCCAGUGUGUCCUGCAAAUUGACAACGCUAAGCUGGCUGCUGAGGACUUCAGACUGAAGUUUGAGUCUGAGAGGGCGAUACGCCUAGCGGUGGAGGCAGACCUUCAAGGCCUGGGUAAGGUUUUUGAUGACCUAACCAUAAAAAGAACAAAUCUGGAGGUUCAAGUUGAAGAACUGAAUAACGACUUGGCUCUCCUCAAGAAAGAACAUCAGGAGGAAACCGAUGCCCUACGCCGGCACCUGGGCAACACCGUCAAUGUGGAGGUGGAUGCAACUCCAGGCCUGAACCUCGGCGACAUCAUGAGUGAAAUGAGACAGAAAUACGAAAUCAUGGCCCAGAAGAACCUUCAAGAGGCCAAAGAACAGUUUGAGAGACAGACUGAAGCUCUGCGGCAACAAGUCACAGUGGACACUCAGGAGUUAAAAGGAACCGAGGCCCAAGUGACGGAGCUGAAACGCACCUACCAGAGCCUGGAGAUAGACCUCCAAUCGCAGCUCAGUAUGAAAGAAUCUCUGGAGCACACCCUAGAGGAGACCAAAGCUCGUUACGGUAACCAGCUGGCCACUAUUCAGGGCCUGCUAAGCUCUCUGGAGGCCCAGCUGAUGCAGGUUCGCAGUGACACAGAGCGCCAGAACAAUGAAUACAACGCCCUUCUCGACAUAAAGACUCGUCUUGAGCAGGAAAUUGCUACUUACCGUCUGCUUCUGGAAGGAGAAGAUGUAAAAACAACAGGAGAACACAAAAUUCAAACUUUCAUUAUGAAAGAUAAAAAGAAAACCAGGAAGAUCAAGACAGUUGUGGAAGAAGUAGUGGACGGCAAGGUUGUGUCAUCUGAAAUCAAAGAGGUGGAAGAAUCCAUCUGA